GGCCACUGUAGAACCUUUACACAGUAAUCGUCAAUGUAAUUUCUGUGGCAAAUAGAAAACGGGUGUCAAUACCACAGGGUUCUAAAGUGGCCCAGGAUUCAAAUUGGUUGACCGUACAAUCAGAUGAUUGUGUCAUCAAGUCAUCAUAAGUUAAAAACGCAUGAUGCAUCAAGUCGAUGCGAAUUCGUCAUAUAUCUACCUACUCAUGACAAAGACGCAGAUAAUGACCAUUUGAUCAUACUGGCCGAAUCACACAUUCAGUGUGAAAAAAGCAAGGGACUGUACGGACAACUCGACAUCGAGGCUGAACUUUUGAAAAUAUUUUUCUUUUUUUAACAUUAAUUAAAACGACGAACGACUGGCUGGAUAGACAACACUAGAUUUAAAAAAAAACUUUUAUUUAGUUGAUUUAAAAAUGGGUUCUCAGUGUUAUCUUAUGUUACUGUUAGUAGUUAUUCAGUGUAGUUUUGCGAUGAAAUGUGGUACUGUGUUCAGGGUUGAAACCACGUCUUGUGACGACUGCAUGAAGUGUGGUGGAGUAUGGUGCCGGGAUCCUUAUGAGGAUAAGAAAUGCAAGAACCCCUUAAACGGUUUAGGAGACGAGUGGUGUCCGGGUCACCAGGAAAGGGUCCAUGUGGACCCAGUCGCACGAGACGGCAUGGUGUUCAGCCCUGAAUACCUGGUGUCCGUCGCUGAGAUCAACUCGGCGAAGGUCACGCCUAUCAAGGUUAACGGAUUCCGACCGGUGAAGGGGCUGCAGCAGAAGCCACGUUACAACGUUUACAACACGACGCAACCGUCAGGAAAAUCGAGCGUUUUCGUGAAACUAGAGAUGAUCAACAACAAGCUCCAAGUGAUUACAACAGUUAAAGAUGGGUUCUGUACUCAGAGUGCGGGGAAGUUCGAGUACGUGUUUGUGGAAGUGGGGUUAGAUGGUGUGGAGGAGAAGGCUGUGCUGAAGUUCGUGGUGCCGUGUGGGUGUGGAUGCUCGGAGCUGGUGGUGCCGGCGGACCAGGAGUACUGCCACGGGUACGGGAACCUCACCUGCGGGGCGUGCCAAUGCAACGAUGAUAGGAAAGGCAAGUUUUGUGAAAAGAAAAACUGCCAAGACCGCGGAGAUGUAUCAACGUCGUGCCUUGAUUCUUCAAAUCCUAAGGAACAGUGCUCAGGCAACGGCGUUUGCGAUGAAUGCAACAAAUGUCAAUGUUUCGACGAGCCCACAAUCAAAGGCUCACAAUAUUUCGACCCAGACAACGAUUGCAAAGACCUCUGCACCACCAUCAACUACUCCGAGUGCCACGUAGACUGCAUAAUAAGCAACACAGAGGGGCCUUGCGAAGCUUGUGGGGGCCAUGAUUUCAUGCAGAGGUGGAACGAGACUCUGCUGGAUGAGAGAGAUGAUUGGAAUAGAAGGAUGUGGGUGAAUUGUAGCGUGAAGACAGAGAGCAGAAUACUAGUCUAUUGGGCCAUGAAGAUUAAUACGUUUAUCUAUAUGAUGCGGAAUGAGCAGGCGGACUCUGGAGCACUAGUCAACACCGCUGGCGGAAACGUGACGAUCCCAGUGGUGAUCGGCGUGAUAGCAGCGAUAGCAGCAAUGGUGGCCGCCGCCGUCGGCUACGUCAUGUGGAAGGGACAGGGGGCGCUACCAGCGGCCGGAUCCAACUACGCCAAUAUCGAACCUGAAGACAGCGUGGGGGUCAACCCGUUGUACAAACCCCCGACGUCGUCCUUCAAGAACCCGAUGUACGCUGCGAAGUCUUAAGGGUGUUACCUGCUUGAAUCAUCGACCGAGGGGCCCGAGGUUCCGGAUCUGAGCUUCGCUAACGGUCACUCGUGGCUUUGCAUCAAACUAAGAUCUCGUAAGUUCAGCGUCUGGAUUUGACCCUCGUAGCAAUUCCACUGCCUGUGAUCGACGCUAUAAUAAAACAAAUGAACUCGUCCGGUGUUCGUGUCACAAAUGUGCUCAUAUUUUAGUGUUAGGUUAUUAUAGGUCAUAUUACGAGCGUGUAAAGUGCACUGUUACAGGUGAGCAACUGUAUUAUUGUUAUGUUUAGUGCUAGAGUUUCGUAGUGUAGUACUAAGUACGUGCUAUAUAUAUUUCUGUGAUAUUUUAAGUAAGAUGGUAUGAGUCACCAUAUUUGUGUUUCAAAGUUACAUAAAUGCCGGAAAUUGAUUCGGAAAGUGUUUGGUUUCAAUUCUAUAGAGAUCUACCUGAUCUACUUUUCAAAACAAUUGUAAUUUACAUUUCAUUGUAUAAAUUGCUAACUGGACACUUGUUUGAUAAUGAUAUAUGUUAUUUUCUGAUUAUAAAAAUAAACACAGACAGUCAACAAAUAACUGGAACAAAGAUUACAAUAACAUUAACUAUGUAUAAAAUUAUUAAUUUAAUAAAAUAAACAUUACACGAGCUGUUUGCGAUUGGCAAUUCAUG